AAAAUUUGAUUUAUUGGAUAAAGAAAAAGGGACUACUAUAGCUAAUUAAGAAAUAUAAGUGCUAUGCAAAAGUCAGAUGCAGACAUUUUCUUAAGAAACUGCAUUGCCACAAAACACUUGUUAUGGCUGCUCUGCUCUUUUGGGGUGUGGUGUGGAGGGGAGAAGGAAAUUACUAUUUUAUUUUUACAUAGGAGAGUAUUUUCCUUCUAUUUUAAAACUGUGAUUCUAAAUCAUCAGGACUGGAGGAAGGUAUUCGUCUUAAAUGUAUUUCCAUAUUCUUAAAUAUACUAUUUUAUACUUCUAAGGCUUGUAAAAAUGAGUUGCGUGGAAUAGUUUUAACCCUCAAGGUAGAAUUACAGAUUUUAGGAAGUUAAUUUAAUAAAUUAAAUUGUUCUCAUAUGAUAUGAUUUCUGGGUGGAUAUGUGUCACUGAAAUACUGGCUGUACUUCUGCUAUUGAAAGAGUGAGGGUUCAAGGAAGGUGAGAAACAAAAAAAAUUGGAAGGAAAUAUCUUUUGAGAAAAAUAGAAAAAAGGAAAUUGGAGAAUUUUGAGAAUUGAUUGGUUCUGGUAUGCUGUAAGUGGGUGGAUGUGCUUUUUUUUUUUUUUUUUUUUUUUUGGCUACAGGAAGUUGUAAGUGAUUUGCUGUGUUCACUGAGCCUUUGUUGAAGAGGGUCUCCUCAUUUGUGUGAGUCAUGCUUUUACUGUGAGAGACUUGGCAGCUAAGCAGGAUUGGAAUCUCUAUCAGAAAACUAUUACUUUUCCUAGUCUAAGGAACCAUAGAGAGUUUUCUUUCAUGGCUUUUGUUUUAUUUUUGAUCAAGGAGUGUGGAACAAUUUUUUUCUUCUUUUCGUCCUUCCUUUAAAGACAUUUUGGGGGGAACAUCCCAAUUUUACUGCCCUCACUCAAUCAUUAUGUAUUGUCUGCUAUGAGAGAACAGGUGCUUUCUAAGUUGGCAUCAGCUCUGCCAAAACAUAUACAAGAAACCAGAUAGAAGGGCAUGCGUCAACAUACCAAGUAUAACCGCUUCAGGAAUGAUUCAGUGACAUCAGUUGAUGAACUUAUCCACAAUUUGUCCACGAAUACCUGCAAGGUCUCAACAAUUGCCACAACUUCAGCAAUAUCAUCCUCCUAUGUGGUCUCAACCCAGGUUCUCCAUAAAGACCAGGAGGAUGGAUCCACCACGCUUUGUACUCUCAAACAUAAAGUAUCUCACUUGAAAUUCUCCAGCUCCAGCAACCUUUUGGGCAUCAAAAACCUGCCUUCUGCAGUCAAGGACCUUGCUGUUUCCAAGUUGCCAGGCAGCUUGAGUGUUCCUAGCUCAGCAUCAGGCGCUUCAGACAACACAUGUAACCUUGUCUCUGCCACUCUGUGUUCUCAGCAGAACACAAGCAAGAUGAACACAGGGAAAAAAAUUCAGUCAGAGGAGAUGCACCUAGGAGGUGAAGUCUGCAAUUCAAAUAGCAUUUUUGUCAAUAAGCCUUCUGGAGGGUGGCUGCAUUCAAAUGAAAAGAUCCUGGGACCUGGUGUGACGUUUGAAGUGAAGUAUUUGGGCUGCUUAGAAGUUUUACGCUCAAUGAGGUCUCUUGACUUUAGUACAAGAACUCAAAUUACAAGGGAUAUGAUUUUUCCCCUGAGGACUGCUUUAGCUGCAUCCCAGGAAUUUUGGGAAGCAAUCAGCCGUGUUUGUGAAGCAGUACCUGGUGCCAAAGGAGGUUUCAGAAAACAAAAGCCACCACGGAAAGUCUUAUCCAACAUUCUGGGAAAGAGCAAUCUUCAAUUUGCAGGGAUGACCAUAACCUUGAAUAUAUCUACCACUAGCCUAAACCUAAUGACACCUGAUUCAAAACAGAUUAUAGCAAAUCAUCACAUGCAAUCUAUUUCCUUUGCUUCUGGAGGUGAUCCGGAUACAACAGAUUAUGUUGCAUAUGUAGCUAAGGAUCCUGUUAAUCAUAGAGCUUGUCACAUACUGGAAUGCUCUGAUGGCUUGGCUCGAGAUGUUAUCAGUACUAUAGGUCAAGCUUUUGAGCUUCGAUUCAAGCAGUAUUUACAAUGUCCUUCAAAGAUACCUGCUCUUCAUGACUGCAGGCAAAGUCUGGAUGAGCCAUGGAUGGAAGAAGAGGGAGAAAGAACAGAACAUCCAUAUUAUAACAGCAUUCCCAACAAAGUGCCCCAUGUGGGAGAGUUUCUUGAUGUUAGAUCAAAAACCAGAAUUUGUACUGCUGACACAAGCAAGACUUCAGGAAGAGAGCAAACUUACUACCAGGGACGGCACUUAGGAGGCAAAUUCAGUGAUGAUUGGCAGCAUGCACCUAUUAAUCAAGGUUCUUUGGAUAGCUAUAACAUGCCAGAAGGAAAAUCCCAAGUAACUCCUGUAGGGGAGACACCAAUCUAUGUGAAUACUCAAGGUGUAAAUAUUCAAGUUUUGCAAGCCCUUCCAGGAGACACUGGAAGUGUAUUCAGUGACUCAGUGGACACUACCAAAGACAAUAGCCCAAGAAAAGACUUAUUUGACAUGAGACCUUUUGAAGAUGCUCUCAAGAACCAAACUAUGGAACCUUUGUUAAAUAAGGCUAUGUCAGUGGAAAACACCAGCCCUAUUUUAUCCAGAGUACCUGAUUGGAGAAUGAUGGAAGAGUUAAAGGCAGAACCUUGGUAUCAAGGAGAAAUGAGCAGGAAAGAGGCAGAGCAGCUAAUAAAAAGUGAUGGGGACUUUCUUGUCAGGAAAAGCACCACCAAUCCAGGAUCCUAUGUCCUGACAGGGAUGCAUAAUACCCAAGUCAAGCAUCUUCUUUUAGUUGACCCAGAAGGAAUUGUUCGAACAAAGGACCAAGUUUUUGACAGCAUAAGUCACCUCAUCAACCAUCAUCUUGAGAAUAAUUUGCCCCUAAUAUCAGCUGGGAGUGAACUCUGCCUUCAACAGCCUGUGCAAAGGAAACAGUGACCCUUCAGUAACUUACAAUUUUUUGUUUCCUGUGAAUUCUGUUCACUGGUCAUUACAUACAUGAGACCAUUUAAUCCAAAGUGCAUUCUUGAUUGCUUUGUCUCUCAUUUUGAGCAGACCAGGCAAGUCAGAAAUUGAUGAUGCAUGGGGCUUAUUAAAAUUGAAAACUUUCUUAAAAUAUGAUUUAAUAAUUAUGUUCCAGUUCCUUCAUGUGCAUUUUUUGAGGUGUACGUCUCAGACAUCCUGUGCAAAUAUAAUCUCUGCAUAUAUUUAUAAAGUCUGUGAAAAAUAAGAUUAAUAUUCUUUGAUGUGUAUUUUUUAACCAAAAAAAAAAAAAAGGUUCAUUGUGAUUAUUUAGGUAAAAAUGUAACUGGGCAGUUUUAUUCCAUUGGGAAAUUCAAUAAGGAGAAUAUGGCUUUUAGUUUAAUGAAUUAGUAUAAUAACAAAAAAUUUUACUUAGGUUCUCUGAUAAAGAAGGAAUUUAAAUAGGUCAGGUCAUGCUGCUAUCUGGAAAUUUUUAUUUGGGUCUUUGUUUAAAGUAUUAGAAAAAAAGCAUUUUCUCCUUAUAAUGUAGAGUUUUAAUUCCCACAAGAUGCUUGUAUCUUGCUCUGACAAUGACAUGGUAAAAUCUCUGUGUAACCAUUUGUUUCCUUCAACAACAGAUACCACAUAUUGCAAUUUAGUAAAUGAAAAUCACUUUUAUAGUUGUAAAUAUAAUUUAUUGAUUGGAAUGAAAUUGCUAUUUAACCAGUGUUCUUAAUCAUCAUGUACCACAUGGUUGGGUUUAAAAUAAAGGCCAAAAGUCCAAAGGGCCCAAUGUCAUUGAUCAUAUGGGGCAAAGUAACCCUGGGUUGUGUCAAGAUGGGUGUCAAACUGAGAUUUUCUUCCCUCUCUCUCUCUCUUCCAUCCUUUUUAUGACAAAACUGUCAGUACUGGGGAUAUCAUGUUAGUUUCUCUGUAUUUCUAAAGGUAAAACUUUACGACUACCUUAAUUAUUUGAUUAGUAGAUUUUUCCUAUUUUCAUCCUCCCUUAUGUUUAACACAGAGAAGCAGCAGCAAAAUGGUAUUUUUUUUUUUUUUGGCAGGCAAAGAUAUGUGUACUAGAGAAUGUGUGAGCUAACUAUAAAAUGUCAGUUCUUUUUUAUAUAACAGUAUCUUUUCCAAUUGCAGGUCAAGAUCAUUUUUAGCAUUCAUUUUCACAAGAUUUUCAGUUCCAAAAAUUUUCCCCUC